AUGUUUAUUGGAGGAUUGAACUGGGAAACCACAGAUCAUACUCUUCGUGAAUAUUUCUCUCAAUUCGGCGAGGUCCAAGAAUGCACAGUUAUGCGAGAUAGUGCCACGCAGCGCUCGCGUGGCUUUGGAUUCUUGACCUUCCGCGAUCCUAAAACUGUUAAUACGGUCAUGGUUAAGGAGCAUUACUUGGAUGGCAAAAUUACCGUGACUGACAACCUCAAUUCAAAGAUCGACCCCAAGCGUGCCAUCCCCCGUGAUGAACAAGAGAAAACCAGCAAGAUUUUCGUCGGCGGCGUAAGCCAAGAAGCCACCGAGCAAGACUUCAAGCAAUUCUUCAUGCAAUUCGGCCGAGUCGUCGACGCAACCCUCAUGAUCGACAAGGAUACCGGCAAGCCCAUCGAAGUCAAGAAGGCCCAACCCCGCGGCAACCUUCGCGAUGAGGACCGCGGUGGUCGUCGUGGCCGCGAUGGCGGUUAUCAGAACAACAUGAACCAGGGCGGCGGAGACGGUGGCGCCCAACAACAAGGUGGAGGACAGCAGGGUAUGGCCAACGGCAUGACUCCUCAAAUGAUGGCGCAGUACUGGCAACGCAUGCAGCAAUAUUUCGCCAUGAUGCAGCAGCAAAUGAGCAUGGGUGGCGGCGGUGGUCCUGGCGGCGGCAUGCCCGGUGGAAUGGGCGCGAUGGGCGGAAUGAAUCCAGCCAUGAUGCAGCAAAUGCAACAAAUGCAACAGAUGCAAAGACAGCAGCAAAUGGGUGGUAACCCCCAACAGCAGCAACCGCAGCAGCAGCAACAGGGAAGUAUGAGUCCUAACCCUCAAAGCCCCGGAUCUCAGUCUCAGGCAUUGCCGAAUAUGAUGAAUCCCGCCAUGAUGCAGCAGGGUGGUCAGCAGGGUAAUGGAGGAAACGACGGCGCCAGUCCAAACCCUUACAACAACCGCGGCCAACAGCAACAACAGCAGUCAGCGCAACAGCAGGCGGCCGCCGCUGCCGCUGGAGGACCUGGCUACAAUGCGCAGGAACAGAUCGCUUUCGAACAGCAAAAGUAUGAGCAGCAGCAAGCUCGCCGCGUCAUGGACAACCGCUCUUUCUCGCCUUACCAGCAGGGCGGUGGGCCGACCUCUUGGGAGGGUAUGUACGAUGAAGUUCCUCAGCCCAAUAUCCCCACUGGGCCUCAGGGCAUGGCCCGUGGCGGCAGUAUGGGUCGUGGCACACCUCCUCAAUCCCAGCAGAGUGCUGCUCCAGCAAAUGCUCCCACCGGCCCCCGUAAUGCCGGCAAGCCUGGUGCGAAUUAUCGUGGAGGUGGUCGAGGUGGUCACCGUGGUUUCCAUCCUUAUUCUCGGUAG